UUGGCAGGUGGGCGACAAAAGGUCCUUUUAAAUUUGAGAAGCCAGAGUCAGUUCUCCCGUGGGAACCUGGAGUCAAUACUUCACCUUGCUUCCCUCCCCUCGUCUUCGUCUUUUUUCUUCUGCUCUCUAUCUCCCUCUCUCUGACCCACGGUCGUGGAUUUCGCUGCUGCCUGCGAUUCGCCUCAAGUAACGUCUGAGAGACAGGAGAUGGCUGCGGAGGAUCCUGGCUUUUAUAUGUUUGGACCUUACCAAGUCUACAAGGAAGAGGUCUUCUACACCACUGAUCUGUGUUUUGUCAUGGUCAACCUCAGGCCCGUCCUUCCUGGUCAUGUGCUGGUUUGUCCCAAGCGCAUUGUAAAGCGUUUCACAGAUCUUACUCCAGAAGAGGUUAGUGAUAUUUGGCUUACUGCUCAUAAAGUUGCUGAUAAGCUUGAGCUUCACUACAAAGGAACUUCCCUCACCUUUACAAUUCAGGAUGGGCCAGAGGCAGGACAAUCUGUUCCUCAUGUGCAUGUUCAUAUUGUGCCAAGGAAGAAAGGUGAUUUUGAGAACAACGAUGAGAUAUAUGAUGCGAUAGAUGAGAAUGAGACGAAACUGAAAAAGAAGCUUGACUUGGACAAGAAUAGGAGAGACAGAAGCCUCGAGGAAAGGACUCAAGAAGCGGAUGAGCUCCGUGCCCUUUUCAUAUAGACCACGCACAGCCAAUUUUAUGAUGCUAGGUUGAAAAACUAUGUGUUCCAUGUCCUACCCCAACUUAACCUAGCUUGAUUUACCAUGAAAUACUGUUGAUCUAUGAUUUGUCAUUCAGCAUGUUGAGUACAAGUGGAUUGUGUAGCCUUGUUAUUUUCCGUCUAAUCUUGUUGAACAGAUUCCACUGGACUUUUAAGCGCUCUUUAAGGCGCACUUUUCUUA